AUGUCACAAAUGAUUUACCCUUACGAAAAUGGGCAUCCAGAUGUUCGAACAGAGGAUGAAUCCCUCUUUUCUACAGUGGAUCCUGCUCCUCCAGUUGAAAUUUUUGCCCUCCAUAAAGCUUUCCACGACGAUAACUUUUCAAAGAAAGUUGAUCUCACAAUCGGAGCCUAUCGAGAUGAAGAAGGUAGACCUUGGGUUCUUCCUGUAGUGCGAAGAGUCGAAGAAGAAAUCACAUCUGGUAAUAAUCUCAGCCAUGAAUACUUAGGACAACUAGGUCUGGAAGAACUAAGCAAAGAAGCCACUAAGUUGCUGUUAGGAAGUGACAAUCCAGCUCUCAAACAAGGCAGGGCUUUUGGCGUGCAGACUGUUGGUGGAACUGGAGCAUUAAGAGUUGGCGCUGAUUUUUUAGUGAAGUGUGCAAAAUUAGAAAUAUUUUACAUGGCAGAUCCAUGCUGGCCAAGUCAUCACCUUGUCUUCCCUUACGCUGGAUUUGCUAUUUGUAGAAUCUAUAGGUACUGGCAUUCCAUGAAAAAGUGCUUGGAUAUAGAAGGUCUCUUAGAAGAUUUAAGAGAUGCUCCUCAGUACUCCGUUGUUAUACUUCACGUCUGUGCACACAACCCCACUGGAAUCGAUCCGUCGAAAGAGCAAUGGAAACGCAUUGCAGAUGUAAUGGAGGAAAGGAAUUUGUUUCCCUUUUUUGAUUGCGCCUACCAAGGAAUUGCAUCUGGUGAUCUCGAAAAGGAUGCAUGGCCUGUUCGUUACUUCGCAGAAAGGGGGUUUGAACUGCUUUGCGCUCAGUCCUUCUCCAAAAAUAUGGGACUAUACAGUGAACGAGUAGGAAACCUGACUCUUGUCUUCAAAGAUCCGAAGGUGAUUCCCAAUGUUCGAUCUCAUAUAACUAUGAUGAUUCGAGGGAAUUACUGCAACCCUCCCCGUCAUGGUGCUGGAAUUGCAACAAGGAUUCUUAAUGACAGCAAACUGAUCGAUGAAUGGAAACACAAUAUCAAAACUAUUGCCAUUCGCAUCAAGAAAAUGAGGUGGGCACUCAGAACUAAGCUCCAGGAACUUGGUACUCCAGGAUCUUGGGACCACAUUACAAGACAGAUCGGAAUGUUCUGUUUCUCAGGACUGACAGAAAAACAAGUACAGUACUUGAUUCAACGAUAUCACAUAUACCUUCCAACAGCAGGUCGUAUUAACAUUUGUGGGCUGAAUGAAAAAAACGUAGACUACGUUGCUAGAGCCAUUAGAGAUGCAGUCAUCAUGUAUCCGUCUGAUGACGCAUGAAAUGAAGAAGCAAAUUUUCAAUCAUGAAACACCCUUUCUUAACCUUUCUUAAUUGAAAAAAAUAUUGGCGCAC